AGAAAAUCGUGCAGCUGGUGAACAACAAACCACAGCAUCAUUAUGUGACGUUAAACAAGUUCUUUAUCUUUAUUUUCGAAAUGCACAUGCUGAUUUUUAUUUCCCGCAGGUUUGGCACUGUCACAUUUUCAACGAUUGCGUGUCGUGUUAAUUGUGUACAACUACUGCGAUUGCAUUUGCGAAACCCGCAUUUGCUGCAUUCUCUCAUCAAUCAUACAACAAUUUGAAUUUCUCAAGACCACUAAGCGAAGUACCCCCUCCACCAUCGAAAACCAAUAGAGGUGCACCCAAUAAGUCAUUUUGAAAACGGGACAACCGCAUCAAGCAGAACUCGAACUUGAAGAACUCGAAGUCCACUGCAAGACAGAAGGAACAGCAGGAGGUGCUGGAGUCGUAGCAUCGCAGAAUCGUGGACGAGCAUAAUUUGCGUAAACCUAAACGUCAAAACUUAAAAAAGACGAUGUUAAUGCAGACGUCCUCGGCGCAGAAGCUGCAACGGCGUCUCACCCUUCCGAUCAUGGAAGAAGUGGAGGGAGGCCAGCAAAAGAAGAACCGGACCGGCGUGACUAAAUCCAACGACCCCCCUGCACCAGUCGCCGCUGGUGCUGCGUCGUGGUGGUCUGCUGUGGCGCGAUUCCUCAGUCAACAGCAGAACGAGAACAACUUCUGCAAGCGGCACAAAGUCAAGCGAGGAAAUGACAUGGAUGCAUUUUGUCAUUCCGCCCGGUCUUUCAGUUUCUGCAGCACCACGACCUGUCGUGCCGGGCCUGCUCGUGGUCCGAUCGCAGCUUCGACGUGGUCCGCGGUUUUAUUUCCGAAAGGAGUACAACUUUUGUGCUUCUCCCGCCUCCUGCUUCUCUUGACCUGCUUUGGCGAAGAUUUUUCUACUCUCACGACCCCCGGCAUUUUCGCCUACAAGCUGCUCGACAGCAAGGUUGCUCAAGAUGAAGAAGAAGGUCACGUCGGCACCCAGUCUACUAAGAUGAGCUCCGCAAAAACUCCUCCCGUGGUGGUCGACGUUCAAGAUAGCGGUUCGCAGCAGAAUGGAGGUCCACGGACGACUAGUACAACAUCAAGUGCUACACCUUCAACUUCUACUGCCACUUCGACUUCCUACGUGUCUUCGUGGUUCGACGGGUUUUUUUCCCGCAACUUCACGAUGUCUUCGUCGAAGCAGUUUCUGGCGCCACGGGGAACUCCAAAGAACGGCAAGAAACCUGCCCACGGCGUCGAGGUGAGCAAGGAGCCUGAGCGAGAACGCCAAGAAGAACCUCUUGCUCAGGAACCCGAACCACAUCACGACAAUCUCCAUGACGAGACGUUCACUCGUGACGAAGACGACGAUGAAGAUGACGACACAACUGAGGACGGUGAAGAUUCGCAAGAAGCGGAAGCGCCGCAGCUGAAAAGCGAAAAUCUCGACCAGCAGGUGGAGGGGUCUACUUCCGAAGAUUCAUCUUCCGAUCCUUCUCGCGCAGAGCACGACCAGGGUACAAGAGCGUCGUCGAACGAAGAGGCUGAGGGUGAGCAAGUAGAUGUUCUGGCGUCCGAUGCUCUGAAUUUCUCCGGCGAGGAAGCAACAAAUGCCGCGGAGCAGCAGGCACUGACCCCGUCGAAUGAAAAUGAUUACGAUUUUCAAGACGUUGAUGUUGACCGAGAGGACAGUGAUAGUACGGGGGCAAAUUAUGGAAACCGAAAUGCAAGGACCACUUCUACAACAUCAUUUUCUUCUUCAAGCGCGUUGGAAGAUGAAGACGCAGAAGUUACUGCAUCCACCGCGUCCUCUGCGAUCACGCCGAGUGGCCGCACGACCCUUUUGCAGGACGACACAGGGAGCGAGUCAGCAGACGGACAAGCAGCCGUGGCACUGCAACUUCUCGCGGUGGAACAACAACAUGAAAAACACGAUUUCUCAUUCUCGCAACCAAAAGAUUUUCAUGAUGUUCUUUCUCCACGAGCAGGCGGACCUGCAAUGCUUUACUCUCUCAACCGCACCCUAGACGACGUCGGUGCUGACAACAUCAAUCAGGCGCCUUUGCAAGAACAACCCGGCACGACGGCGAUCGGAUUUUUGCAGAAGCAGGGCACCAGCACGAUGGCAGCAGCAAUGAAUCCAGGCGGAACUGCUACGCAAGUGGGGCCGUUUCUGCUCACCCACCUGUGGCUGCCGAAGAACUUUGACACGGACGCGAUGCUGCAAUUGGAAGGCGAAGGUGCGAACGAAUUUUUCCAGCCUUGUGUGACGCGUGUGACAGACACGGGGGCUGUAGAGCAUUGGAAGCAGGGGGAGAAGAAUUUGAGGAGACAACACAUUUACGAGCCUCGGGGCAACCGCGCCCAGUACCCGUUCACGAACAGCCGGCCGGAGGACGUUGGGAACACGUUCGCAGGUCGCCAGAAACUCUUCAUCACGUUCGGGAACACUGGAACGGGAAAAGUAUCCGAGCAAAUUCUUUUUUGAAGUGUUGCCCUGCUGCAGCCGGGCCAAGGGUCUCUACGCACAUCAUCGACAAUUCAUGAUGUUUUGCUACUUGUACAAACAUUCUGGUCUAAGCUACGUUGUGACCCCCGUCUUUCUAGUAGUCCCCUCUCCUCUUUAUUUUUCCAAGUCGCGGCACGGACGACACUGAGUACAUUGUCACAUGUUGGCACAUGUGUGUGCAUGAUGCAUGCAGGGGUUUAGUCAUGGUCCUUGUGUGCUUGCUGCAGCAACUACAUCAACAACUUUUCCCUCGCAUACCGGAGCAGCCUGGCAGACAACAUGAUCAAAAUGGCGGGCCUCGAUCCCGCCCCCCCGACGGCAGAUGACGAUAAAGAUCACGUUCACAGGUUUCUGGUAGAUGACCUGAUCGAGCCCCAGGAAAUGUUCAAGGUUCUUGCGUUAUCAAUUGCAAAUUCAAGAAAUAUGUCCUCGGGUUCUCGAAGAGUAGAUUUAGAGGUAGAUGGGCUGGAAUGCACACAGUGCAUGACAGGCGUGUUAGCGAACGCUUCUUCUACAACUUCUUGUCUGCUCCGCCUGGCAUCCUCGCUCUUAGCGUAUUGAGAAGCGGGAAACAACUUGUGGCACUGGUCAUGCAACACAGAUUUUUGUCUGGUCCAGAGGUGUGAGCAUCAAAUUUUUCACAAGUUAUUUGAACGCUUCACGACCCAGAUGACAUAUUUGAAUAUGUAUAAGCGUGGUUGUUUCUCAACUCGGCCGGAAUGGACAUCGACACAAUCAUCAAGCGUAGUGAUGAGCUGUAUAAACGCGCGAAAAAUGAGUUUGAUCUCCAGCACGAUUCCUCUCUUCCGCCGGCCGAUGAAGACGAAAUUAUCAAGCGCAGCAGUGAGUUGUAUCAAAAUCAACUACGCGCUCAAGAUCCUCUGCUGACCGCACGCAUCUUCGACGAGCUUACAAAAACGAAAACCCCGAAGAACCCUCAUGAGGGCGGAAGUUUGGAUACUACACAGAGAAGCACUAGCAUAUUUCCCAUGACCUUUAUUGAAAAAAUCCAAACAGCACAAUAAAGACAAAGAUGUAGAAAAAUUCGUAUUUUACGGAAGUGCGAUUUCUGCAUCACCUUUCUGCCUCUUCUGCAUGGCUCCUCCAUGUCCAUGAAGGAAUAUGCUAGUUUUUUUCAAAACGAUAAAGGAGGCAAUCGUGCCACCUGCGGGGGCCACGGAACAAUGUCCGGUUUUGCUGCGGAGCGAGAAGGGAAAAGUGUCGUAUCUCGAAAAAUACGCUUUUCCUGCUCUGAAGACAAUUACGGGAAGGGGAAGUAAAUUCACCCGAACAGAUGACCUACAAGAGAUGGCAGAGGAGCUGGUAACCGAUCUGGAAAAACUCAAGGACGUCGAGGACCCUCAGCAGGUCGAAGAGGUACAAGCAAAAUCAGAAGAGCGGCUUACGAAUCUGGCACGCGUUUUUGUAAUCGCUUCUGGUGCUCAAGACAAGGACGCUCAGCAAGAUGAUGCGACGUCGCAGCUUCGGAUAAAAAAACUUGUGGAAGCACCAGGAAACGCUUUUGGCGAGAAGUUGAAAAUGACAUUGGGUAUCGACUUUGAAGAAAUUUUCCGGGUCUCGAAAGACGUUUAUUAAGUGCACGUAGUGCAUGACCAACCGACAACAAGCUGAGCGUAGUAGUCAGCCAAGCCGAACAACGUUUUGAAGGGCUCUGUAGUGCGCGACGUGCCUCAUGAAUCGCAAAAACCAAGCAGUGGUUUUCCACCACGACCACAUGCAUAAUAAAUGCUCAGAGUGCAAGGCGAGUUGUAUAAUCGGAGUUCAGCAUUACAAAAAUUGUUCCAAUCUUCGAGACCCGGCAGACAUGCUUGUACUUGAUACCGAAGAAGAUGCAGGACGGAAUGGAACUCGCGUACUGGUUUUCUCGGAAGUGCUACGCAACAAAAAAACUGUCGUGUAGUUAGUCUUUGUGCCGGUUGUUUGUAACACAGAAUGUGCAAGACGAGAAAACCGGCUGCACUCAUCAUUUUGUGCAUCGUCCCACACCUUUUCAUGAUGGAUGAUUUCACGUACUAGCGGUGCAGAACAUCUUGCCAAACAAAAAAAUUGUGAUGCUUCUCCAAACAAUGGAGCACUCGAAAUUCGAAUGCUCCAUUGUUUGUAUAUUGUACACUACACAUACAAUUAUUUUUGUCCCGGAUAAGCGCGGCCUUCGUUCGUUGCCUAUGGCGGCACAGGAGAAAAUGACGAACAUUCCUAAAACUGUAUGGGGCGUUUUCGAGAACGCUAGGCCCCCGCGUCUCGAUGUGGAAGAACUGAAUAACUACGCACAGGCGCAACGUCUACUAGAAGAGUACCACGUUCUUGGGGAGAAUACGCUAAGCCCAUUGGGAUACGCCGAUUGGCUUGACGAUGUGACGCGAUGCGUGUCAAGUGGCCUGAAACCAAUGACGCAGGCGGAGUGCAAAAAAGCCAGAUCCGGCUUCGAACGCGACUCCACGCGGUUUGCGCUGAACGACAUAUACGACAUUUGGAUUGGGGCCAACCUUGUCGAGAAGGUGCUUUUGUGGCAGCGCAAUGUCGAUCGGUCGCUGGCAAAGGUGCGGGGGUUCACUAAUCCGUGGACCGCGGAAACCGGGCCGCGGCUGCCGAAAAAAGGGUGGCAGACGGACUCCUGGGUGUUGCGGAACCACAUCGUAGAAGCGUGGGAGAGGAUGCAAGAAGUACCAAAACCGAAAGAGAUAAUGCCAGGGCCUGGCGGUAGCGGGGCGAUUGUGUCAAGAGAGCAAGGGGGACGAGAGACGGAAAAAAACUUGGAGCAAGAAAUAAAACCGGCUGUCACAAUUCAGCAUUUUGUCUUGUUCAACAACAAUCCGAAUCGGGUAGUGUCACACAUAGACGCCAGUCAGCUGGUGAUGCACGUCGAAGCCAGGCAGUUCUUAGCGCUUGCCCCAGACGCAAGCGAUUUGGUGAAAAAAGGGCACGCGUAUUGCAACAAACGGAGCUUGUUUUCCACACGCGGCACGAUCCAGACGCCACUCAUGUACAAGCAGGUGGAUGAUAAGCUCGAUUUUGCCCAUCGCUACUAUUGCGUGACUGCCAGUGGGCAAACGUCGUCCAUCCGCAAUAUUAGCCCAGGUGCAGGUAGCGACCUGCCGGAGGUGGAGGAGACGAAACAAGAACAACUAAAACGGCUACAACACGACGGAAUUAAGUAUUGCGAGGGACACAAGCAGGAAGGCAAGAAAGAGACCUGCGCAGCAAGCUACUGCAAAUUUGAGAUGCAAUAUGACAGUGCACCAUGGCCCUCCUCCCCUCAGUGCUAGGGCAGGAGCAGGAACGCAAACAAUGUCACAGAAGGCGCCCGCACGGCAAAUGCAAAACCGUACACGGACUUGCGUACUAAAAGAAAUUGUUUGGGUUCCGGUGCUGUCGCUGUCCUGCAGGCAAUGCACAUAAAGAAGCGAAUGUUCUUGAAUUUGAGUGGAUCUGGAUUUUAUAUUUUGCAUUCUUUCCAUGAUUUUGAUUUCCAAAUGAAACUUGAUGAGGGAGGCGAGGGUGGGUGUUGCACUCGCAUACGCAAGCCGCAAACCCAGCAGUGUUGGAAGACCAGUUUAGUGGUCUGCGCGCGACGGUUCAAGAGUACCAAAGCCGGUGGAACAAUGCAGUUACAAACGUGGUGUAUCAGCAGAUCGUGCCUGGAGCGUAUGAUCUAGAGGCAGGAACACGCCGAAUAGAAACGCUACAGGAGGGAAAUGGGGGUGAAAAGCUUCAGGGUCUUUUGACUGAAAUGACCCAAGUUCUGGAGUGGGUCUCGCAUUUCGCCACGACGUAUCCCGCGUAAGUAAAAUCCAGGCCUCAACAAGCGAAUUCUCGAGGAGCAAGUAUGUGUUGUUCGCCGUUGCUGGAAGAACUUGCAGUGUAAAUUAAGCUCUGGAGAAAAACGCAGGCAGACACUCAUUCUUUUAAAGAAUGUUCUUGUGACACAUCUAUUCAUAUGCUCUAUGCUUGUUCACGCACACAAGCUCCAGAUUGCGUUUCGCUCAAAGAGCUGCUGUUUGUGUCUCGCGCGAAGUUGCCGCCUUGCUGGCAGCCUCCAAGGCAGCGAGUUUGCGUGAGGAUGCGUGGCUCUUGCCGAACACAAAGGGAGCACUUUGACAAACAAGUCGAAAGUUUGUCCGCAAAAAAACGAAUGAGACGCCCGUCAUUUUCGCGGGGCACCGAUGAUUGAAUGAUCAGAUUUCAGUUGCAUGUGCGAAAUCUUCUCUGCGCGAGCAAGUUCAAGUACGUGUGUGCAUGCCGUAUGAAGCAGUAGAUCUACUAGAUACAGGUAAUGGCCUUGAUUUUUUUACUAAGGAUAGUGACAUGGUGAAGCUUCCGACAUUGCCGCCGUUGGAAGCGGUGGAACAAACCGACACUCUCGGGGUAUCACAAGCAAACAAGAUCGUGAUGUCACCGUCUGAAGCAUUUCUGUUCAUGCAAGAAGAUGAUCGAGAUGGAGAUUUACAUUUAGGCUGCGACAUCAGCUCUCCAAAAAUCUUGCUUUCACUGCAACUGUGUGCCCGCGAAGGCACGGGCAGCAGGAUGGAGAAUCACAACAUGACAUCCUGACGUUCAUCGGUCAGUGGCCAGGCAUAGUCAGAUUGUUCAGUACGAAGAAACUGGGUCAUAAGCGUUUUGGUCUGUUGCAACAGAUGUUUGCGCGGACAUCUGACUAGAAAUCUUGCAUUUCGGGACGGGGACAACAUGUCUUUCGUGCAUAAACAACUCAGAUGGCCCAACUCCAGCUGGGCUUGGCGAAUUUCCACUCCCAGGAGCCAAGGGUACUCUCUUUUGACGGUGAUACAUAGAGUAUAAAUAGAUAAGCGGCGCCUCAACAACUUUCUUCAUCCAACACCCAUGCCUCGCAGGAUGCGUGCACCAUUAGAAAAAACCUUGCAGUUUGCUGCUUUCAGCUAAAGUGCGAGAUUGUUAAACUUCCGUCUGAGAUUUCACAACGCUUAUUUGCAUGCUCUCUCACUCUUGGGGCGCGAAAGGUGCUGAAUACUAGGUACCAGAAGGCAGUGGCUAGUUGAAAAACAACAUGUCUACAUGGAAACCGACACGUUUUGUUUUGCUCAGUUGUAGCAAGACGAAAUGUUUCCAUGCGGAAGCUUUGGCCCAUGUGACAUUGUUUUUACACAACAGGUGGAAGUGCAAGAAGCCGCAGGAGUGGACCCUCGAUCCGGGCAACCGCAAAUAGAUCAGUUACAUCACGGGAGAGAACAAACUCCUCAUCAACAAGACCUGGAAGUGGAGCAGGUGCCAAUAGCUGUAUGCUUACAACAUCAAAAUUGCAGAUUUAUUGUUCUUCAAUAUUUCAUGUUACCAUUUGCAUUUCUUUUCAUCUUCUCGUUCUUCUAGUGUCGACGCGUGACUUGUCUUGUUUCGUCGGUUGUGCCAGUACCGGAUAUAAGUCCCGUAAAGAAUGAUUAUAUUAGGAAUAGCGAGCUGCAUCUUACCCGACUAGCGGAACACACCAAUAGGCAAAUCUGGAACGUUUUCAUGUCCAGAAUAUUUAGUGGCAUAGAGUGCGAUCAGAGUUGUGGUGCUUAGAUGACAACAGCGUUCUUGGACAAAGUUGUACAUCAGACGUAGGACAGGUGCAACACGAUAAAAAUACUACUACAGGUUCCACAAGCAUCCGCUUCAGUGCCCGGUGAGCCACCGGUGGCCUCCUCCAGCCCUCGACGCGGUCCUGCUGCAUUGUCAUUUCCUCCGGGGGGUAUGACGGAGACGGCGGGUUCUGGCGAUCUAUGUCUCGCAAAAGUGCUGUCGCAGUUGUUAAAGCAGUCGAUCCGUUUCCGGAAUGAGCAUGUAAUCAUAGCUUCGCAUGAUCAUGUGUUAGUGCUUCGUUCCUGCAUUCCAAAUAAGUAAUGACCUCCCCCGGCGUUCACCGUCUUCAUCCAAUAUUGAUGUAGUAAAGGAAUGUAUGGCUAUGAGUGACUAGCCACCCAUGUUGCAUUGGGAUGAAGACAUGGGCCAUCCCCAUGCCGAGUUGUGAUGCUGGAAGCUGCUGCUACGGCUGCGACACUUUUGCCUUUGACACGUCCUUGGAACACCACGAGGCCCGACUUCGCCCAGGGGACUAGACGGGGUCGGUAUCGUCGGGAGAAGCUUUUCCCAGCGGAAGGAAGCGCAGGCCGCCGCAGCACCAUCCUCAUCCACGGCAGAACAUGACGACGAGCUCUUGGCUACUUCUGCACCGGAAGAGUUAUCCAGACGCGACAAGCACUCGUCCAUCGUGCCGACACCAAGCAGCACAGCUUCACCUUCGUCCCCCCUAGAAGAUGAAGUUGUGCAGGAGGAGAAAAAAAACGAAGUGGCGUGAGCAAGCACAGGCUCAGGCACAUGGAAUGUCCGAAGACUGCCGGCGGUACUACCAGCACGUUAAAUUGCAUCCACAUCAGAGGUGCCAUUGGCAAAGGUCAAAGCACUAAUUUCAAUUUGUCCCUCUAUGGAUUUUUACGCGGUAUAUUUCGAAUCAGGAGAAUUUGAUAGCACCCACCCAUCCGAUUUCGUAACUUUUUUCAUGUAGAAGCAACGAAAAACAGGACUACACUUCAACUUUUUAGAACAGCACUGCUUUGUAUCCUUCCCAACUUUUCAGUAGACUUUUAACUUUUAGCACCGACCUCUUAACUUUUCAUCAACUCUAAUCUUAACUUUUUCUUUUUCUCAGGCUUACGAGGCCACAGCUGCUGUACCCACCUUGUAUCUUUCUUGAACUAGCACUAGCAUCUUGAGAGGAAGGUAAACCCUUCACACGGAAACCACGACUCCAUCACUAACAAACAAACAAACAAGAUUCGUUUUUUUUUCACUAGUUGUAGUUUUUUUUUCACGCCUUUUUCAUUUUUUUCAGACGCAAAAGCACAAAUUCAAUUUUUCAUUUGAAGCACAUCAUCAUCAAUUUGAAGUUUGAUAUACGUAGAAUUGGCAACAGAACAACAUUACCUGAAGCAUAGUAAAAUAAAGUAAAUUCCAAACCAUUUCUGUUUCAUGACUUUUUCAGAGUUUUUCUUUUUUGCCCGCCGCGGUUUGAGCUUUCAACAUUCAUCAAUCCAUUCUCAUUCUGUUUUGCAUCGAUUCAAGCAACGCACAAAAAUCAGUUUUUCGCCCUCGAAGGUGUAGCGUGACAUCAAAUUUCGUCUGUAUUCAAUUCCCUUUUACAACUUUUUUUCUCGGGUGUGAUUCAUUUCAGUACAACUUUUUCGUUUAUUCCCGCAUACUUGAAUUUCUAUGCCGCCGAGUAGAGGUGUGGAUGCGCAACAAGUAUUUAUUUCGAAUGCUAGUGCUGCACAAAGGCAGCUGACAAGAAGAUCCGGGUCUAAAAAUACUUUAUUGUAUGUCUAGAUCAGACCGACGAAAGGAUUCUUGCCGUAAAGUAGAGUUGUAGCGCUAGUGCUCGCCAUCCCACCAGAACGAAGAAAGAUUUGAGAGACAACACAUCAAGCAUAGAAAAAAGUAUAUCUGCAGAUCAUUGUUUACAGGGUUCUUUCGUUUGUUAGUUCAUCUUUGCAGUAGCAGUUUACUAGUUCCAUCUCUAUUUUCGUUUAUCAGCAUAGAAGAAGAACCCGAUUUAAGUAGAGCGCAUGAUCAGCUGAAAUGAAUAGAUCCUAGAAGGUCAGGUGCAACGUCGGCCGUGCUUACAAAAUCCACCUGCCAAUUAUUCCGCCGACAGUGGAUCAUGCGCCGAGAGGACUACUUACUCAAUCAUGCCAAAGAAUAUAAUAAGCAAGAGAAAGACUAACAUCUUAAUGCAAGAGCUCCAUGCGUACGUCUAACUACUGUCACAAAUAAAGCAUUUCCUCACUAGAAGUCGUAGUCCGUCGUUGCAGGUCAGGUGCAGUUCGGUCUGAAUAGAUUUGGUGUAGCGAGUGAAGUCCUCUUCCUCUUCGGUAACGCAGUCGUUCUUUAUUUUCCGUCUGAAUUUUGAUUUUCU